CCGGCACUUUCAUUGGCUACGGAUCCCGGCGUUUUGGGGGAGACCGGAAGUGGGUUCACUGAGAGGUAACCAGAAAUGGAGAGGAAGAUAAGCAGAAUCUGUUUUGCUUCCAAACCCAAAGCAAUUCAGUUUUUACAAGUGUCUUGGGAGAGAACGCUAGGAUCUGGUUUUGUUAUUACACUCACUGAUGGUCAGUCAGCGUGGACCGGAACAGUUUCUGAGUCUGAGGUUGCCCAAGAAGCAGAUGACAUGGCAAUGGAGAAAGAAAAGUAUGUGGAGGAGCUGAGGAAAGCCCUGGUGUCGGGAGCUGGACCUGGGGACACAUACAAGUUUGAGUUUUCUGAAGGGGAUUGUUGUCUCUCCUGUGAAAAAAUCCUGAAGGAUGUUUCAUUUAGGCUUGGUUCCUUCCACCUAGAGAAAGCUGCGAACCCAGCUGAGGUCAUUGGAGAACUGAUUUGUUACUGCCUGGACAGCAUCGCAGAAAACAAAGCCAAUAAUGAGCACCUGCGGAAAGAAAAUGAGAGACUCCUGAGAGACUGGAAUGACGUUCAGGGACGAUUUGAAAAAUGUGUGAGUGCCAAGGAAGGCCUGGAGACUGAUCUGUAUAAGCGGUUUAUUCUGGUGCUGAAUGAGAAGAAAUCAAAGAUCAGAAGCCUCCAUAAAUUGCUAAAUGAAGUUAAAGAACUGGAAAAGAAUAUUGAACGUGAAAGGGAAGCUACAGCCAGCUCUGAAACCCCAGCUGCCCGCGACCCCAUCUAUGACGCGAGUACCGAUGAGGGAAGUGGAAACGAGUCUGAGCCCUCCGUGUCCGCCCCAGCCACUUUGAGCAAAGAAGACUCCCUGAUCUCGAGCCCUGACGUCACGGACAUUGCGCCAAGUAGAAAGCGGAGGCAGCGCAUGCCGAACGAUCUUGGGACAGAACCCAAAAUGGCUCCUCUUGGGAAUCAGCUUCAGGAGAAGAAAAAGCUUGACACUUCAAAAGGUGAGACAUCAAAAAAGGACCACGUCUCAGCUGAGAACAUGUCCUUGGAAACUCUGAAGAACAGCAGCCCAGAAGACCUCUUCGAUGAGAUUUAACAGUCCUGAAGGGAUACUCCAGUGUUCACUAGACUACAUUUUCUAUUCAUUCAUUUAAAAUGAAAAAAUGAAAUUUCCACCUAACAGCAGCUAUCACGGCACCUUACAGCUUAAUGACAUGAGUGGGAGCCGUGUAAAGUAGUUUCCUCAUGUAUGCAGAGAUGACUGCAUGAUAAUCUUGCAUUAUUCUAAACUCUUCAUUCACAUGUCUGUGAUUGCAUAAAAAUCUCAGAUUUCUCUCACAAAAGACACAUUGAUCCUAUUCAUUCACACACAUUAUAUGGCGUAGCUGCCUAACAUCCUAUCCAAGAAGAUUUUGGAAAUAAGACAAAGUGAACAUCUUCUUUAAAUGUCUGCAUUUCUUCUUAAAUGGCUAUAUUCUGAGCAGUAUGUUUGAGCAUUUUAAUUUGUGGGAUGAUAUAUAAAAUAUAUUUUUCUUUUGUGCAUAUACACUCUGAAGAUCUGCUAACAAAAUUCUUGAUACAUUGAAAUUUUUGAAUUAAUAAAUGUGUUAUUUAGCUUAAGUUUUUCUUCAUUGUAAUAUAUUUUUAAAGAGAGCUUCUUAAUGCUACCACCUUUUUGUCAAAAAUCAUGUAAAAGAAAAAGCAUAUUUUUCAGGAAUUGUUGAUAUUAUCGUGUGUAUACCCCGGCCCCCCUUGAAGAUAAAUACAUUCGCGUGUCUAUCAACAGCGACACCUGCACUUGGUUUUAUAGUCAGUGGUGCUACUUUCUCACCUUUCAUUCUGUGUUCACUUCUCUGCAUUUGAAUAUCCAUCCCCAUUCCUGGUGAAUGGGGCAUCCCAUGUUGCCAGUUCUCAUGGGUGUUCAGCCUCAGUCCUCGACAGAAUCAGUCCUUGUCCUCUUUGUACAUUUUGUUAAAUUCUUGAUUGACCAGGGCUCAGACUUCAGCCCCCUUGUCUCCAUCACCUGCAGUGUCAGUCUAGGUCACUGUAGGUUUGGUGUGGUUAAAACCAUCUUUGUGCAUCUAUGAACUAGUCAGUCUCAGUCUCUCUAUAGUCAUAUUUAUAGACACAAAAAGGUAUGUAAAAUUUGUUGUAAAUUUGUCACAAAGGAAGUUGCUUGAAUUUUCUGGGAAAAAAAAAAAAAGUUCGUUAUCAACCUUUGUGCACCCAGGCAUCAUUUUGAAGCACACAUGAGUGCAUUUAUCUGCUUGUUCCUUUCUUCAGAUGGCUUUGCCUACCCAAAGCAGAGAUCUGAUUACAUCCCGCCAUCACUGAUGUUUGUCUUCUCCAUCCAGGAAACUUCACUGCCAUGAUUCGCUCAGUUUCUUCCAGCGGAAACCCCUGGAGUCCUUCUUGGUGUCUCUGCUUCCUUUCCCACACAGCCUGUCCUUACCACAAAAAUACAGCUUAUCUCUGCCUACAACUCUCUCUCUACUACAAGUGCCUCCUACUUCCCUACUGUCCAAUCAAACUGAAUUUUUAAAAACUUCAAUAAGAUCACUCGUAGAGACCCUCUGAUAGUAACCUAUUUCAUCUGACCAAGUCCACACUCUCACCAGGGUCUAUGAGGUCUGAUAUGAUUCAGGCUGAUUUCCUGCCCAGGCUCCAUGCUCUCUUACCCCACACUACCCUGUGAGUAGGCUGGAUCUCCAAAGCAUCAUCCUGCCGACCCCUCUGCCUAGGACAUCCAUUUGUGCAUGGCUGGUUAGUCUCCUCAUUCAAAUCUAGAGCCAAAUGUUAUCAUCUCUCAGUGGUUGCCCCAGAGCACCCUCACAGCCUUUUUAAGAUUGUGCCCUUUCCAUCACUCUGUCCCAUUAAGAGUUUUCUGCACUGUGC